UGUUUCUCCGAACGAAAACAACGCCCAAAGAUCUCUUCUUCUUCGUCUCCGGCGAAGAGAGACCAACGAAGCGGCGGGGAGGAACUCCAGCGCCCGCGUUCGCGAAUAGAGAGACCUUGGAUAAAAAUAUCGGGAGUUAUCGGAUUCAGGUUGAGGCUUCUCUCAGACCCGAAUCCGCUAAGCAACAAGAUAAGAUAUUUUUAUAGCUAUAUCUUCUCGAAAAGAGGUCUCACUCUCGAGCACCUCCAUCACCGCCAUGGCGAUGGCGUCCUCGACCUCGCCGAAGCUCCUCCUCGAUCUCCAGUUCCCCUCCAAACCCUCCCCCAGAGCCACCAUCGUCUGCAAUUCUUCUAGAGCACCGCCGCCUCAACCGUUACCGCCGACUCCCUCCCUCUCCGACCAGCUGAAGCCACUCGCCGUCACUCUCCUCAAGGACUCCCCCAAACCCUCCGCCAUUGACGAGCUUCACCCUCCCAAGCCCAUCUGGAUCAAUCCCUCCCGUCCCAAACCCUCCGUCCUCUCCCUCCGCCGCCACGAACGCCGCCCCUACUCCCACAACCCCAACCUACCCUCCAUUGCUCGCCUCUCCCGCUCCCUAUCCUCCCUCCCGGACUCCGACCUCCCCGCUGCUCUCGCCGCCUCUCCUACUCCCUCCCGUGAUGACGCCCUCGUCCUGCUCAACUCCCUCAGACCAUGGUCCAAAGCUCACCUCUUCUUCCUCUAUCUCAAGGCCAACUCCUCCUCCCCCCUCGAAACCCUCUUCUACAACGUUGCCAUGAAAGCCCUUCGCGCUGGCCGCCAGUUCUCUCUCGUCGAGCAACUCGCCCAUGAGAUGCUCGACCUCGGCAUCGAACUGGACAACGUCACCUACUCCACGAUCAUUACCACCGCCAAGCGUUGCCACGAGUUCGACAAGGCCAUCCUCUGGUUUGAACGGAUGUACGAGACCAGCGUCAUGCCGGACGAGGUCACCUACUCAGCCGUGCUCGAUGUCUAUGCCAAGCUCGGCAAGAAGGAGGAGGUUAUCGGCUUGUACGAGAGAGCCCGCGCCGCUGGCUGGAUUCCCGACCAGGUCGCCUUCUCAGUGCUCGCCAAAAUGUUCGGCCAUGCCGGUGACUACGACGGCAUUCGCUACGUCCUGCAAGAGAUGGACAACCUCGGCGUCAAGCCAAACCUCAUUGUCUACAACACGCUACUGGAAGCGUUGGGAAACGCCGGGAAGCCGGGGUUGGCGAGGAGCUUGUUCGAAGAUAUGGUGUCCGCCGGCGUGUCGCCGGAUGAGAAGACGCUGACGGCACUGAUCAAGAUCUACGGGAAGGCGCGGUGGAGCCGCGACGCGCUGCAGCUGUGGGAGAGAAUGAGGUCGAACAAGUGGCCGAUGGAUUUCAUUCUAUACAACACGUUGUUGAGUAUGUGCGCGGAUGUUGGGUUGGUGGAUGAGGCCGAGAGGUUGUUCGGCGAGAUGAAGAGGCCGGAUAGAUGGAGCUACACGGCCAUGAUCAAAAUAUAUGGGAGUGUGGGCAAGGUAGAGAGAGCACUCCAACUGUUUGAUGAAAUGCUGCACAGAGGAGUGGAACCUAAUGUCAUGGGUGUUACUUGUUUGAUACAAUGCUUAGGUAAGGGGAAGAGGAUUGGAGAUGCAGUGAAGGUGUUUGACAUUGCGUUGCAGAGAGGGAUCAAGCCCGAUGAACGGUUGUGCUGCUGCUUGCUCUCUCUAGUUUCGCUGUGCGAGGACGGGGAGGUGGAUGCCGUGCUUAGUUGCUUGGAGAAAAGCAAUGCUCGGCUUGUCGAGUUUGUCAAGAUGCUUGGCAGUGAAGAAGUUGGUUUUGCUAUUGUGAAAGAGGAGUUUCAGGGGUUGCUCAAUGAAGCUAGUGUUGAUGUUCGAAGACCUUUCUGCAACUGUUUGAUUGACGUGUGCCGGAAUAGGAGCUAUCCUUCGAAGAGAGCUCGUGAGCUCUUGUAUCUAGGGACUGUUUAUGGAUUGUAUGCUGGUUUGCAUGAGAAGGGAUCUGAUGAAUGGUCGUUGAACCUCCGGUCGUUGUCUGUUGGUGCAGCAAAGACUGCAUUUGAAGAGUGGAUGAAAGCUCUGUCCAGUUCUUCGGAGAAUGAGAAGGUGUUCCCACAGGUCUUUGCAGUGCAUACUGGUUCUGGAAUUCAUAAGUUCUCUCAAGGAUUGACCAGUGCUUUCGCCGAACAUUUGAAGGAUCUGGCUGCACCUUUCCAGCAGGAUGAAGGCCGGACCGGGUGGUUCGUUGCAUCAAAAGAUGACUUGUUUUCAUGGCUUGAGUCUAGAACUGCAUCCACAGCUGUUGCUGCAUAAACUGGGCAGUAACUAGCACCACUUGUAUUAUUUUUCACAAUUUAUAAAAUUUUCCUUGAAUUACAUCAAAAUUUCUUCGUCCA